AUGCCCACAGGAAAUCGCCGCUUGCCUCGCACGCUUCGCAACUCCAUCCCGCCGAUGAUGUCCGGCUUCGGGGGCGACAUGUCGCACAGCAGGUAUGCCAUGUUGGGGGGCGGAGUACCGACGCUUCCAAUUGUGGAGCCAGCAGCGGCCCCCAAACACUUCCCGUUUCCGAAUACACCGGUCGAUGAUGAUUUGUUUUUCGAGUUUUUGAUGUUCAUGUUCAGUGCGGUGUGUGCUGGGUUGCAGUUUUUGCACUUGUAUCGGACCGUGUGGUGGUUGCCCCAUUCGUACAAUCGCCAGGCUAUGAAUUUUUACCUAAUUGAUCUCAAUUUAGUCGCAUUUAUUGUAAUUUUAUUGUCGCGACGUUUGAUUUAUAUUGUGGGGUGUAGAGUUCUUGAGAGGUCGGUGGCGGCCAAAUUCUUGUACCUGUCAUACACCUUUUAUCGAAUUAUUUUGUUUUCUAUACUUUUUACUCUGCUCUCAUGGUGUGCCUAUUACGUCAUCCAAAAUCACCCAAUUGUGAAUAUUUUAUAUUUAUGUUACCCAGUCCUUGUAUAUUUGAUUUUAUUUGGCUGUAAAGUUACGGCAUUUUUCGAGUUGGUAACUUGGAACAUGUCCUCAAUUCCGCCACUGCACGCUUGCCGUUCAAAUGCGGCCGAAGUUCGUGAAGAAGUGGAAAAUCUCAAAACUAAUUUUAACAAUCGCAUGAAGCAAAUUCUCUUCAGUUCAGUCGUCAAUGCCUACUAUACUGGUUUCAUCCCUUGUUGCUUUGCCCAGAACCACCUCCAUUACGACGUUUACUGGGCCACUCAACACGUAAUUUUUAUUUUUUUGAGUAGUUUCGUGGCUUACGCCACCCAUAUUUUGUCCCUGCGUUACUGCGAUAUUUUGCACAGAUCGGCCCUACAUUUGGGCAUCUGGGACAAGCUAGAGACCAGGAAUAUGUUACUGGUGAAUAAUAACUGGAAUGAGGAGACUCUGUGGCCUUCAGGGGCCCUUGUUAAGCACGGCAGGGACUUGUAUAGGGCUCAAGGAGAGUGCAAUGCUAGCGAACCAGGAAAUACAACCUAUUCGAGGUUCUAUCUCAUGUUCAAAAAUCCGAGUUAUUCGUUGAGUAUCUUGUUGUCGUUUCAUGUGGCCAUGGUUUUGCUGCAGUUGGUGUUAUUGGUUCGUAGCAUCGUGUGGUACAAUAUUAUUUCGAUAACGUUUAUGCUGUUUUUUAAUUAUUACGUUCUGUAUAAAGUGGGCCGUGAUUAUCUUGUCAGUUCGAAAAUGUACGAGGAAGAACGAGCGAUGCACAAUAAACUUAAUUUACAUUAAA